AUGUUCAUGUUUAUACCUAUAAUUUGUGGUGUAAAAAACUGGGAUAGCCCUUACAAUACAGACCCAAGAUAUACCGGUCUGUACUGUCCAAAUUGUCAUAAUCUCAGUGUAGAACCAGUAAAGAGACGGGAGUUCUUUCAAAUUUGGUUCAUACCAAUUGUACCAAUAUAUUGGGGUAAACAGAUACGAUGUUCGAUUUGUAAUUGGAGACAAGACUUUAAAACUGAUGAAGAGUUAAAUAAAGUUGUCAACGAACAACAGCAUAUUAAACAAAAUAUGAAUAUGCAUUAUUGA